GGGAGGGGUUUCCCAGAAGUCAGCGCGGCGGCAGCGGCCUGUUUGGGCGGGUUUGACGGAGUGUUUGCUUUGCUGCAAGAACAGAGACCCAGUUGACAUUUUUUUCUAAUGAGUACGUUGUCAGAAAUGUCUAGCCGAGUCACCAGAAUAAAUAAGCAUUUUGUUCUCCCUCCUAUUAUUUGUAAUAGCGAUAGGAACUUUUUGGAAAGCAUGCAGAGAUACAUAAUUACUGAAAUGGAAAAAGUGGGCUGUACUGAAGAAGGACCUGCUGAGGAGUAUUUCAUCAUAUACAAAACCGUGUUUGACAAGAUAAUAGAGUACGUAAGUGCCUACAAAAAUGUCCUCAUUUCCAUCAAAAAAGAAUAUGAUGCAGUCGUUGAUAUGCUGAAACAAAACCAAAGAACUGCAUUUUGUCUUCAUGGGAAGCUGAAGGUUUUUGCAGCCAAUCCCACAACAUUGAUCUAUCAUAGGAGAAGAGCGGUCCAACUUGAAAUGAAAAUUCGGAUUAUUGAAAAAAAUUCCAGGAAAAUCCAGCAUGAGAUAUUUAAAAAACAGUUAAGGAGGAAAUACACAAUAAAGGAAAUAAAAAGUUCAAAAAAGAAUAUAAAUCCCUCAAAGCCCAUUCCAGGCCUGACUUUGCAAGAAUCCUUCAAUUUAGAUUCUCUUACCGAAUACCUUCAUCUGCUUGAAAAGAAAUACGCGGACUUGGAAUACAGCAUGACAGCACAUUAUAUCCCGACUCAGCGAAAAGCCAGCCUCGAUGAGGAAGUCAUCCGGGCACUAAGUCGGCGGGAUGCAGCCGAGGCCCUCAACGUUUCCUUGAAAUUUCGUUACAAAAGGAUGCUGGCCACUGAAAAAGCCCUUGCUGAUUGGGAUCCUUCUAGGGGCAUCUCUCUUCUCGACUACAUAACCCGAACUUUGGAAGAUGAGAGCUAUUUACAAGAUGGCCAAGAAGAUGACGAUACUGCCCACUUAAUCGAGGAUGAUCCGAGCAAGGCUAGAGAAGCUGAAGAUUUGCUUGACUACCUUGAAAGGUUCCAUGAACUGUUUUCGCAAGGUCAAUAUGAAGUUGCAGCACUUUUUGCUAUAAAUUCUCCAAGAGGAAUCCUUCGAAACAUAGAGAUUAUGAAUAUAUUUAAAGGUGCUAGCAAACAAAAGGGGAAGGUUCUUCCGUUACUGCUAUUUUUUGAGGCUCUCUUUAAAACCAGCCGUGCAGUCAAGCACCCUGUCGAUGCAGCCUUGACGCUAGAAGGAAUUAAAUGUGCACUUUCUGAACAACGGUUAGACCUCGUUAUACACUGGGUUACUCAGCAGAGGCUGACAUUUUCUGAAGAAACCGGAGAUGUGAUUUACAAUUAUGAAGCGCACAAUCUUUACAACAGGGCCAAGUGUCUGGCUCUAGCUCAGAUGGUCUAUAGUGAAUGCACGGUGCCUAAGAAGGCUGCUCUUUGCAUGUGCAAACAGGGCCAAAUUUAUGGAGCCGUGGAAUAUAUACAGCAAAUCAAGUAUUUUUCUUUAGAUGACUUCAUAUUCCUAAUCAAGAACUGCCCAAGCAUCGAAUUAAUUAAAUGCCUGACCCAAGGGAGGAAUGGGCAACAAGGAGCACUGUCUUUCGGCCUUGUUAUUCUUAUCCUUUUCUCUGCUGAGCUGGAAAAAAUUGGAUUUCAGCUUCUUCUAGAAAUAUAUGCAAAAGGAAAAAGUUCACUGGAGGAGGUUAUGUUAAGUGAUAACGUCUGCAUAAUAGAAGCGUGGCAGGAAAUCGCAGAUUUGUGUUUAGCAAGCGGCUACCCAGCUCUGUCUCAGGAAAUCAUGUCCAUCCUCGUAGCUCAAGAGGGAGUGGUUGAAAUUUUGCCAGAUGAUGAUGGGACAAAUUUAAUGGAACACGUUUUUUGGUAGUUCUACAUCCUAAACAUUUGAGGGAGCUCUUCCAACAUUUUGCGUAAACCAGUUGUGAGUACUAACCUAAACGUAACCCCUCCUUAUACUGCCAGAGUUUACCCCCUCAAUAACAAAAAUAAAAUUAUCACCCAGCUGUGAUUAAUGCAUCUACUGGAAUAGCCGAAAAGAUA